UUGCAUUUUCUACAGGUGUGUUACAUAUUUCAGCGUAGUCGUGCAUUUUCUGCUGAAUUAUACAGCAUACAUAUUCUAGGCAUAUAUAUGUACCUGUAUACAUAUAUAUUAUGUUAAAUACGUAUGUAUCUUCGCUUACGAGCCAGCAUUGGCUUGAUUCCAAGAAUAUUUUACAAAUUUUGAGUUGCUCGAAGUUUGCUCAAUAAAAAAAAAAAAAAGAAAAAAAAGAAAAAAUUGCAUGAAUCUCUUACAUUUGAUCUAUUUUAUCUUUGACAAGAAUUCAUUAAAAUUUGGACAUCAUGGGGAUUAUAUUAUCAAGAUUUCGUAGAAAGAAAACAACAAUUGAAAUUUUGGAGGAUCUUGAUUCGAAAAUUAAAGAGAUAGAAAGAUAUGGAUAUAGUACGGAACAAAGACAUAAAAAAAUUGUUGGAACUCUUAUAUUGUAUAGUGUAAUACUUUAUAUCAUAACAGCAUUCAUUUUUUAUUUCUAUUUCUUCCCUGCAUCACUAUAUGACCAAAUAUUCUAUAUCAUUCCGCUGUUAAUUUUUCCAAUUUUAAUAUUGCUUACAAAAAAGAUGGUAACAUGGUAUUAUAAAUGUAAAAUUUCUAAAAAUCAAGACAAAUUAAGUACUAUGCAAUCUGAGAAAAAAAAAAUUUUAGAUGAAGUUACAGAGACUGAAACAUAUAAAAAAGCUAAAGAAAUUCUGUUAAAGUUUGCUCCUGAUCAAUUAAGAAUGACGCCAUUGUCCCCACAGCCAAUUUUUAAAGUGUCAUCAUCAACAGAAACUCCUCAACGAACUAGUACACCUCACCAUAUAAUAUCUCCAGUAUCUCCUCCUGGAGAACUGAGAAAACGUAUAGUAACAAAUCAGUAUCAACCACUGAAUGUACAAAGUGGUGUACUUGCUAACACUGGCCUUGUCCCAGUUGGCAGAGCUCCCACUCAAAAUCCAUCAAAUACUUCAUUUCAGAGUGGUAUUAGAUCAGUUAAUACUCCAUUCAGGGAUUAUCGAACUCCUUUACCACGUCCAGUAUUACCGCGGCAAAGGACUUAUUUGGAUCGGUUGAUUGACUAUCUCGUCGGAGAUGGUCCAUCGAAUCGAUAUGCUUUAGUAUGCCGAAAUUGUGAAUCACACAAUGGAAUGGCUCUCAAAGAGGAAUUUGAAUAUUUUGGAUUCAGAUGUUGUUAUUGCAACUUUUGGAAUCGUGCGAGGAAACAGAAACCAUCUGCUCCAAAACUAAUGUAUAAUGUUGGGCAUAAUAGUCCAUCUUUAAAUACUUCUGAAUAUUUAUCACCUGAUACAAAUACAGAGCAUUUGAAAGAUAGACAAACGGAAUCAAUAAGUGCAUCAGAUUCAGAUUCAGAGAUUGAAAUGGUUGAACGACCGACAGAAGUUUUGGAAGAGACUGAACAUGUUACGGAAUCAGUUAGAAAUGCAUGUGUAAUUACAGUCCUUCAUGAACCAGGUAGUGUAGAACAGGAUAAUAUUGAACCCGAAAAGAAAGAAGUUCAUAACUGUGAAGAGAGCGCUGAAGAAAUGGAUAUCGAUGAAUCUUCGUCUUAAAAAUAUUAUUUAUUUUUAAAUAAUUUGUAACUUUUUGUUACGAAAUGUUAGAUGUUAACAAAAUAUAUUUUAAUGUAAUUUACGACAUA